AUGGAGACAGCUCCCAAAUCUAUGCCGAGCCCGUUGAGGAUCUCGGAUACUUGGGCUGCCCUUGAUGGGUUGGAUAGGGCCUCGAUGAGCUGGGAAAGGGCAAUGAGUCCUCCGAGUGACCCACUUGCUACAAAUGCAAGGUUCGGUAGGAGAUUACAAGAAAUAAACGAAAAAAAAAAGGACCUGAUGUCGGGAGAAGAUGGGCCGUUUGAGGCGGAGCAGGUGACGGCGGAGGACCACCCUCGACUUUUCCGGCAUCGUAAAGUGUCGGAGGCGGCGUACCGGUGGCUGUGGAAGGAAAAUCCGAGGGAUUUGACGGCUGGAUUGCGAUUGGGGCAGUCAAUUAAAACAAUGGAGAGCCGCGCCACGGCGGCCAUGGCCAGGCGAACAGCAGUGUAUGGUGGUGGCUGUAGUCGGCAAAUGGUGCAAAGUUUUUCAAAAGAUACUUUUGGAAGAUAA